AUGUCGAGGUGGCUGGGCAGUGGCCAGCGUUAUCUCUACGACCAGGGGGAGGAGGAUGACCACGCCUGUGAGGACGACGAGUAUGGAGAAGAUUGGGAAGAAGAGCACAGGGACCCGGCCGAGACAGAAGAUGGUGAGGCCCACGACCUGCAGCCGCCCACCACGGACACAUGGCUUCUCGCUGCCUUCAUCCCCAGCGUCCGCCAGGCCAAGGGUGGCAAGCGGCCAAGCGGCGCUAGCGAGGGGCGCAGGCCGAGCAAUGCAGCGGCUACGGCGGCCAAGCAGAGGCGGCGAGAGGCGCAGAAGCUCGCGGCGCAGUGGAGCCUCGCCUCAACAACAACCGAGACCGAGGAGUGGCACGUCACGCUCCGAUCGGGUCGAGCGGAGCUGCUUCUCGCGUUCGUGCUGCCGCAGGACUACCCGCCCGCGCCGCCCCGGGUCAGUGCGGUGCUGACCUCGCGCGAGUCGAGUGGGUCAGCAGGCGACGCAUCCGUCUCGACUGCCGCGGGCACCCAACCGGAGCCAAGCGACGAGCUGUACAGCACCUCCGUUACCAGCAUGCUGCAAGAGCAGGCGGUCAGAAACGUGCGGGUGUCUGCUCUGGUCCCAAUAGCCCAGGAGUGGCUGGACUCGUACACCGACCGCGUCGUGAGCCUCAAGCAGCAGCAGAAGGAGGAGGCCGAGCGCGCGGCCCAGGAGGCCCUCGUCGCUGCCCGCGCUGAAGCGGAAGCCCUCGAAGAUGCCCGCCGAGCCAUGGCCGGUACCAUCACCGCCUUCAUCAUCACCGCCUUCAUCAUCACCGCCUUCAUCAUCACCACCUACAUCAUCAUCAUCGUCAUCAUCAUCGUCGUCGUCGUCAUCGUCAUCAUCAGGCUAACUGGGUGGUGGCGGGUCGGGAUCAAGCCGCCGAAGGCGAUGCGUCACGGCCUGGCGGACAUCGAGGAGUUGUUUGCCCGCAAGCUGGCCCUGCGCAAGGCCCGGCCCGGCGCCCGCUCCACCCACGUCGAGCCCCUCCACACCCUGUGCGUCAAGGUGCUGGGCGAGUCGCUGCUGCGCUACGAAAGCCUGGCGGGCUACCCGUUGCAGAUGCGACAGAAGAUACUGGACUACCUGGUGACCGACCUGCACCUGCUCUUCCCCGAGCACCUGAGCGCGCUGCUCGACGACGAGUUCACUUCGCUCGACCUCUCCGGGCUGGUCUCCUCGCGGUCGUUAGGCAGCAGCAGCAGCAGCAAGGCCAACAAGACGCGCGACGAGCACAUCACGCAGGUGGGCCACUUGUGCCCGCGAUUGAAGGAGAUCAACCUCAGCCGCGCGGUCCGCAUCACCAACUUCAGCCUAUCCGAAAGCAUUGCCAAGUGUCUGCAGUUGACUCGACUGGUGAUCGACGACUGUGCCCAAGUGGGCGACAUGGGCGUAGCCGUGGUGGCCGACGGCUGCCCCAAGCUGGCCGAGUUCUCCGCCAGGCGCUGCCAGAGCGUCACCCACAACGCCCUCCACCUCCUCGGUCGUCGCUGCACCCAGCUGGAGGUGGUGCGGAUCGCCGGCUGUACGAACAUUCACGUGGACGGCCUGCUCGACCUUGCGCGUCUGGCCAAACGACUCCAGGUGCUGGAUGCGGCUGAGGUUGGCAACAAGUUGUUUUCCAACAACCGCGACUUCCCUCCCGUACCACCCGACAGACUGGCCAAUCAGCGAUUGGAGACGCUUAUCCUCGACGGGUGCAACUACGUCACGCGCGAAUUCCUGCAGGACCUGUUGGGUCCGCUCGAGGGGCAGCUCUGCCCGUGCCUCACGCUCCUUUCCCUCCGCCAAUGCCCGCGCAUCUCCAACGGCACCUUCGAAGAGGUGGUGCUGCCACAGUGUCCGAGCCUGAAGGCGUUCCACUAUUCGAUGGUGCCGCACGCGUCGUUGCGCGGCGUGACGCAGAUGGACAUGAGCCACCUGUCCUUCCUGCCCGGCUGCCGCUACGUUUUCCCCAUCCGCUCGGCCCAUCUGCCACCCCUCCUCGCCCAGAUCCGUGACCAGCUGCUCCGCGGCAAGAGGCCCGACGACCAGGCGAAGGUCUUCACGCAGCUGGAGCUGGACAAGGUGCUAACCCACCGCGCGACGUUCCUGCGGUCGAUCGAGCGCUUCGAGGCCAACGCGCCGGCCCGCCAGGUGCUGCGCGGGCUCGAAUCGCUGACGCUGGGGGUCACCGAGUGGGCCAGCCCGUUCAGCCUGAUCGAGGCCUUCAUCUCCAUGCCGGCCCUGCGGCGCCUCGACCUCUCCCACGCCAACGCGCGCCUGCGCGACGUGCUGCUUUCGUGCUACCACUUUCUGCCGCGGCUCGACACGCUCGUGUUUGCUCGGCGCGAGGGCGACACGCGCGACGAAACCGACCCGGCCUUUCUCAAGCCGCAGCUGCCGUGGCGAAGCAGCACCAUCGACUACUACGAGGAGCGCCAGCGCAAGUUCGGCGAGCGCGAGCGGGUGCUCCUGGAGGCCCAGCAGCGACAGCGGCGGCGACGGGCGACAGCGGGCGACGAGUCGGAGCAGCGGGAGGCGGAGGCGGAGACGAAGAGGCGGCAGUGGGUGGUGGACCACAUCGCCGGCGACGACAAGCGGCACUCGAUGAGCCUCACCUCGCUCGAUCUCUCCGGCCACAUAUUUCCCGGUGGAGCUGUGUUCCUGGACUUGAUCGCGGACCGAUGCCCGGAGCUGCGGCGUCUGUGCAUUGCGCGGACGCAGGGUGUGGGCGCGCCCACGCUGCUGGCGCUGCUCGAGAAGUGCGUCCACCUCGCCCACCUCGACGUGCGCGGCGUCGACCUGCCGCUCCACAGCCAGACCGACCUCCUCAACAAGCGCCCCGCACUCUCCCUCACACCGCGUAAGUAA